CUUCAGGUUCAUUCAGAAAGACCCAAAGUUCGAGUAUGUUUAACAUACCUGCAGUCAACUUUGAUGACGAAGGAUCGUACCAGUGUCAUUAUCAGACAACGGGACCAAGUCGAGACUUCAGCUCCCCCUCAAGCGACUCUGUCAGUCUCUCUGUUGCUGUGCCACUGCAGCAGCCCAACAUCUCCCUGACAUCUCCUAACAGAGGGCUGGUCUGGAGUCCUAAAGGAGCAGAGGUCACCAGGGGUUACAGCUUCAUCUUCACCUGCACCACUUCCUCCUUUUAUCCUGGAGGAGUAUUGUCUCUCAUCUUCUCUGACUCCAACAUCACUGACACCAAGCCAGCAGUCAACCACUCAGCCUCCUUUACCUUUCCUGUAGCUGAGUAUGAACACCAGGGAAACUACAGCUGUGUGUAUGAAGUCACACUGUCCUCAAGGAAAUUCAGUUCUACACAGAAAGCACCCAUUAGUGUCAUCAUUAAAAUGCCUUUGUUGCCACUGGUCUUCUCAGUAGCUGCUGGGGGUCUGCUGUUGGUCCUGCUGGUCUUGAUAGUGGUCUGUCUGGUCUACAAGAGAAGACAACAAACCAAGCGGCCUGGAACUCUCGUCCAAACUCAAAUGCCUCUCAGAGUCAGGUAUAAGUAUGAAGAUGAUGAGGAUGAGGAUGAGGAGGGUGACUAUCAGAAUAUGGAUCCAGUGAGCACCAACAGGAAUUUCAAAGAGGGAGCAGGGAGAGUGGAGGAAGAGGAGAUUAAUGAUUAUGAGGAUCCAGAGAGUGAUGACGAUCACGAUUAUGAGGAAGCAUGCCCCCAUGCAAAUUUCAUAAAAGCCAAGGAGGACUGUUUCAGUGUCGAGGAGAGCACGGGAGAGGAAGAAGAAGAGGACGAAGAAGAUGAAGAAGAAACCGGCGAUGAUGAAAACCUCUAUGCAAAUACAAACCAGCCCUUUGCGCUGCGAAACUAGCUCUGUGCGGGGUUCGCCACCCUGCACCGCGCCAGGAAACUAGAGGCCGACUUGCUUUAAAUAUGAGGUGUUUUGCAAUCUUUUAAGUUAACUUUGAAAAAGACUGUAUGCACCUAACCAGCAGAAACUGUACAUUUCCUGUGAAAACUGUUUUGAAAAGGCACAAUUCACAUUGUAAGCGUAAAUUGACACAGCAUCCUGGAACAUCAACAGCAGACGCAGGAGGACAGCAUGUCAUAUGUAGACUGUCAGUCCACUGACCAAAUGGUGAUAUUUGACAACUUGGGAUAACAACAUGUUGAGAUAUCAUGUACUGGCCUAGAUAUCUGUGAACUACGCCGGAUCAGCCCGAAAUA